ACUGUGCGGUUGACGCGUUUGUUUGUGUCGCAGACUCACCAGGAAGUUAAAUUCAAUCGUCAACGGCGGCGCCCGAUUUGCAUUACAGUUAUUAAUUGUCCAGCUCCGUUAAACCGUCUGCGCUGCUGCAUAUUUGCUCGCUCGGUGCUUUGAAUAUUGCCCGCGUCGUACCGUAGACGACAGUCAUGAAAAGCGGAAGCUACACGUGCGUGAUAUUGACCAGUAUGGUGUCAUUGUUGUUUCUCAUGAUGGUUCUGUACGACGUCUUCAGCCCCCAGCAGGCUGGCAGCCCCAUCCUAAAACAGGACUACCAGCUGUUGGGCAGGCCACUGUACAAACUGGACCUGAACUGGCCCAAAAACCCUGAACUCUUCUCUGGGAAUGUGUUUGGAGUGGCUGUCAACCAGUACGCCGGUGUUGUGUAUGUGGCACAGAGAGGUGACAAGGUGCCCAAGGUGCUGGUGUUUACAACAGAAGGCGAUUUCCUCAUGUCCUGGAAUACAACUACCUUAGAGAUGCCCCACGGUAUAUUUUUAGCAGAUGCCAUGUCAAACCCGACUGUCUGGAUCACAGAUGUGGGAAAAGGUCCGUAUGGCCACUGCAUCAAACAGUACUCGCCGUCAGGGAAUCUUCUGCAGUUGCUUGGUACACCAGGAAACGCUGGCUCUGGCCUUAAUCCUCUGCAGUUUGACCAGCCAGCUGAGAUCUACGUCCAUGACUCCGGGGCAAUUUACAUCGUGGACGGUGACGGUGGGAUGAAUAAUCGGCUCAUCAAAUUAUCCAAAGAGCAAGAAGUGUUGUGGGUGCAUGGAGCAAAGGGACCAGGCCUGGCUCAGUUCUACAUCCCCCACAGUGUGACCAUCGACAAUGCUCAAAGGGUAUGGGUGGCUGACAGGGGGAACAAGAGGAUCCAGGUCUUUAACUCCCUUACGGGGGACUGGCUGGGAUCAUGGGGGAGCUGCUUCACUGAGGAUGCACCUUACUCUGUUCGCUUGACACCUGACAAGAAAUAUUUUGUUGUAGUCCAGCUCAACACCAACCAGAUUUCACUACUGGAUGCACCCCCGGUAGGUUUAAUUGGCCAGUGCAGGGUGGUCAGUGUGAUUCAACUGGCUGAUGACGUCAAGCCACAUUUGGUUGACUUGGACCUGAAGUCGGGGGCACUGUAUGUAGCUGAAAUCGGUGCCCAGCAGGCACAGAAGUUCACCCCCUUCAGCCUAGGUGGGGGCUUUGUAUAAAACAGAAGUGAACUGCCCUAGUUGAAAACAUUGCCAAAUAAUUAAACAUUAUAACAAAUGACAAAUAAAUAGAAUGGCCUGCUGUUUCCAUGCAGUCAAACCCUUAGGGGCAAACACAACCCGUUUGGGGAUUCUGGCUGACUACCAAUUUGUUUCUCGAGUUUCCCGAGUCUAACAAGAAGUUAGCCGGUCUAAAUGUACCGUAUCUUCCGGACUAUCGAGCGCAUCGGAAUACAAGCCUCGCCCACUAAAUUUGUAGAAAUGUAUUUAUUUUUUUGAACAUACAUUAGCCGCACCAGACUAUAUGCCGUGGAUGUAUACGAUGUGAAAUUAGACAUUUACACAGAUUUUGUAAAUGUUUAUUUACGUACCUUAAUUGUUUCCAAACAGUGCCUGUUAAACAGAAAAGUCAUUGUUUUUAGUGCACCUCCUCCUGUUCACUGAAACAACUGAAGUCGUCGUCUUCAGUGUCGGAGUUGAAGACCCUCAGAACAUCUCAACCAUUUCUCGCUCUCAACGCCAUUUUCAUCUCGAGGCACAGUUACCGCUGAAGUUGUGCUGUUCUCCUCACGUAGCAGUCCAGCCUUUUCGAGAUCCGUUGGCGAUCGUAGAUUCUUUCACACCGCUCCACGCUUUUAAGAUCCACUGGCAGACCUCAGAAAGGGAUGAUGUUUUCAGCAUUUAUAUAUGAUCCCUAUUUUAACCGCAUCGUCGCAUUGGUUGCCGCAGGGUUUAGAGCGCGAAAAAAAAAGAAGUAGCGGUUCAUAGUCCGGAAAAUACGGUAAUAUGUUAAGACAGUGAAGCAAUUAAAACAGUCUCUUUACUUUAAUGACAAAUGAGGCUGUAAUAAAACUUGCCUCGCUGAUCACAUUGUGUUCUUAAACAUUACUAACUCCCGCAUAGCUGUUUCAUUUAUUCUUUGGGUUAAUCUGGAAUGUGUUUUAGAUGAUGGGGGGGGGGAAGCAUCUGCAUAUUUGAUUGUAAUGACGAUAUAAUCGUUAUUUGGUAUGAAUGAACGAAUUCACGAAUGACCAUACAGACUUUUCAGAAUUUUUAUUGCUGUCAUGGGAAACAGUGCCAGUGCUUCAGUCGUGCUCUUUAGAGGUUGCUACGGCUUCAGUUGUCCACCAGAUGGCACCGUCGCUCAAGUCCUGAAGCUUUGUAUCAUUUUCAGCGCAAUUGUUAGGAAAGCCUCAGUGCUUCAUGAGGCUUCACUUGCCCACCACUACUGCGAAUGUACCGUCCAUUCCUUCGGCAUCUCCAGACGUAUUGCCAAGUAUGUCCAAAAAAAAAAAACCACACAAGGGAUUUGUCUCCGGUAAUUGGAGCCGCUCUAGUACGACAACAGACAGUCAAUUGACAGAGAACACAUUUGAGACAUAAAGACUUUGACAAAAACCGUCACUGAGCAAUAAAGGGUUGCUAGUUAGCUCAAAUGACAAUUGUGCAAAAAAGAUGCAGACUCCUCUCGCACUUAGAGCAGUUCGAAUGACUAAUAUUGCAAUAGUCCGGUGCAAUGAGCAUUGUGCGAAGGGCGCCGAGACGUCAAGGAAUGUAUGCAGUUUAACGUGACUAGUAGUGCGAUCAUCUGGGACAAUGUCGAUUGUGCAAAUGUUGCAGAUACUCCUCAGUCAGUGUGCAAAUGGGGCAGAUGCUACUCUGGCAUGAGUGGCCAGUAUUGGCCAAAAACAGAAAUGCAAGCCUGUCCGGGUGCAUUUUUAAUAAACAGUCAAAUUAAAAAAAAAAAAAAAGAAAUAAAAUGAAAAAAUGGAGUAUUGGACAACAAAACUGUUCCAGCACAAAAGGCACACAGAUCCACCAUUCUGCAUGGCCGUGCAGCUGAAGAGGACGGGUUAAAAACAAAACGGUAAACGCCUCGGAAAACCGAUCGAACAUUUCUGCUGACGAAACUUGGAUCGAUGUGACUCACUGCCGAGCGGGGUGGCCAGCAAACGUGGCCGUGGCCACCCCCUGAUGGUGCCCCUGGCUAGCUGAAAUGAGCUCACAGAUGGGGGCGGGGGGGGCAGUCCUCAUUGCACCAGUGCGACCUCUAAAAAAAAUUUUUUCAGGGGCACCGUUGAAACAUUAGGGCACACGUGCGCCCAAAUUGGUCACACUCUGGAGCCCCGAGUUCGUUUGCUUGUUAGUUUUGUAGUUUCAGAUCAGCACCCAUUUGACUCAGCGCCGGUAGUGGUGAGUGGGGUUUGGUUUUGGUUUAUGAUCUGUGGGUGAAUAUGACACGAAUGAUGUGAUUGUGAUUAUUCAGUUUUGUCUCUGCCUUGAAAUACUGUCUGUGGAUUAUUGCUUGAUAUCAUUAUGGCAAUACUUUAACGAUGUGUUGUUUUUCUUGCACUGCAAAGUUCAAUGGAACGGGAUGUUCAUGCCUGCCUAUGCAUGCACUUCUCUGACCCGUCUUAAAUGUUUUAUGGCAUCUCAAUUAAAGAUCCCAUGGUAAAUGUUAUCGGAGACACCAUGUUGAACGAUGUUUCAUGCUUAGUUUUUUUACAACUCUUCAAUGGGAUAUGUGACGAUUACACUCAAUCACUGCUUUUUGGUGGUGUUAUCAUUUUAACAAUGAACAGUCUUUCUGUUCUUGUAAUAGAUGGUAAUUCAUGGACUUGACAUGCACCUUAUACCAACUGCUGGAUUUAGAAAUGGGGAAUUUAAUCUGUUGUAGCGUAUAUGAGAGUU